AUGAGUCGCUCUGCCAGAUACGCAGCCCCAUCUUUGCGACCCCUUCUUCCUCGUCACAUCGACCUCUCCCACAUCAAGCCCCCCCGCACGAAGCCCCCUCCUGCAGUCCCCUUCUUUCGAGACCCCCAACAUACUAUCCCGACGAAAUGGAGUCUGUACCGGCCACUGCUUCGCUUUGCCAGAGGCUAUCUCGGUGAUGAUACAGCCUACCCCAGUGUUGGCAGAGAAGUAAAGAGACUAUGGAAAAGCCGGCGUUCUUGGACAUCUGUGCCCCAAGUACGAACCUUUCUUCAAGGACAGUACGACAUCCUCUCUGCCUUCCAGGACAACGAUAUCUCAGAGCUCGACGAGCUCGAAGCUCGCCUUGCCAACAAUCAUCGUCUGCACGAUGAUCGGAUAGCUACAAAGGCGGCUCUAGAAGCCGCCAAACCGCGACGCCCUCGCCCUCGUAUCGUCGGCUUCCUGCGUCCUACACUCUUCAAUCCUCCCCUUCCCCGCCUGAAACCUCAGCCUCCGCAUUUAGGGGCCAUGAUCCACGCCCGGCUUCGUCGUCGAGAACGCCGUAUGGAUCGACGGAAAGAGUAUGCGUCUUUGAGACCGGAUAUGAAGCUGGAGGUGGCCUUUUGGAAGAACGUGUUGGGAAGGGAAGGGGAGCAUUUGACGGAAAAUACAUUGUCGCCUGGUGGGUGGGAUCAGCUGCUGAGGGAAGAAGUGGAAGCGAUGGAUGCGAGGUUCGUCAAGGAGAACAAGAGGGCGGAUAUGGUGUAUGACGAGACAAUGUACGAGAGGAUAGAAUCGGCGAAAAAGGCAAGGUCAGAAUGGUGGACCAACAAGAAGGCAGAGCUUAAAGCGGAGAGGCUGGAGCAAAAGAGUCAAUGA